CAAGAAUUAUUAUAAAAGAUAGAUGUAAACGCUACUACGCGCAACAUUUAUUUAAUGCAAAAUGCAACCGUUCAGUGCAGUGAAGAAUAAAUUCACAAUGCGGGGAUCGCUUUGAGCCAUAAUCAUCAACGUAUGGACCUGGUGCCUCUCGGCUGAGACAUCAUUUACAAUCUGUGAGACUGACGAGACCGGACCGCCGACAGGAUGGUGGAGCGGUCGGACCGAGCCCCUCUGCUGGAUUGGGAGGAGGUUCCAUCCGCGGAGAAGCCCGGCGGAGCGGCGCCGGUGGCCGCACACGCCAAGGACCGACUGGCGAGCCCCUCCAUCAACCGAGCCUCCGCGCCGGGGCUCGGGUGGAGCAGCGGUCCAGGGGGUCCCAGUCCCAGCAGGUCUGCAGACGUCUGCGGCGGCGCCCCACCCGCGACCUCCAGCGCCCCGACGGGCCGGGAUGAAGCCCCGCAGUCCGACAACGAGGACCAUCUCUCGAAUUCAGGAUCGAGGGAGCUAUCGCUGGAAGACAGGAUGGUGAAAUGGGAGGAAAAGGACCAGAUCGUGUCGGUCUUUGUGGUCGCGUUCAAUACCAGAUCAGGAAACAUGCUGGAGUGGUGCCUGCCCAAAGAUAUGGACCUGGAUGGAGUGGAGUUCAAAGCCAUCGCCAGCGGAUCCCACCGGGUCACCACAGACUUCAUCUACUUCCGGAAAGGCUCCUACUUUGGCCUCGCCUGCUUCGCCAACAUGGCGGUGGAGAGCACGGUGGAGAGGGGGGCGAGGAUGAAGUCAGUGGGGAUCCUGUCUCCCUCCUACACGCUGCUCUACCGCUACAUGAGCUUCCUGGAGCAUCAGGUUAGGCUCCAGCUUCAGACCCCAGGCCACUACUCUCCCCUGGAGGCAUUCUAUGAGGACAAGAGAGCACUCCUGCCCCCUAGUGGUGACGGUGUUGUUACUGCAUGUCCAGCCAAUGCCUGGGGAGCUGCAAUCAACCACUGCAUGCACCCCGAGAUGAAGAUCACGCACCCCGCGGGCUGCAUGUCCCAGUUCAUCCGCUUCUUCGGGGAGCAGAUCAUGGUGCUGUGGAAACUGGCUCUCCUCCGCAGGCGCAUCCUCAUCUUCUCCCCUCCACCUGUGGGCGUGGUCUGCUACAGAGUGUACUGCUGCUGCUGCCUGGCAAACAUCUCCCUCCCCGGGAUCGGCGAGGCCGUGCCCGAGUUCCGGCCCUUCUUCUACGUCAACGUGGCCGACAUCAGCGCCCUGGAGAACGAGCUCUCCUACGUGGCGUGUACAACUGAGAAGAUCUUUGAGGAGAAGAAGGACCUGUACGACGUGUACGUAGACAAUCAGAAUGUGAAGACCUACCGGGACGGCCUGAAGCCUCUGCUCCGCCUCAGCACCGCCGACAGGGAGAAAUAUCGCAAACUCACUGAGCAGAGACAGAUGUUGCUGUACUCCCAGGAGGAGAAUGGCGACUGUGUGUCCAGUGAAGAGGAUCUCUUUAUCCUGUUUUUCCUGGAGCAGAACAACAGGAUAUUCCAGACCCUCGGCGAGGUGGCAGGGAGCCCCGACCCUACGCUGACCCAGGAGAGUGUGAGGGCCAUGGGUCUGGAUCCUCACGGAGACCGGCUCUUCCUGCUCCACCUGCUGGAGAUCUAUGGCUAUGACAACCUGCUGGUGUCGGAGCAGCUGUGCUGCAGCUGAGAGACGGUGGACAGCUGGCUUUCCGCCUUUUGAUCAGUGCUGGUUUUAAAAAGGGGGUCGAUUUGCCUCGAGCUAACGUCAAGUGCUGCACUACUGGCUUCUUGGAGUCUUCAGGACUGCAUGGAAUCUCUCUGGAAUAACCUUUUCGUUGUUGUAUAUACACCCCCUGUGCUUCACCGUGGUUGUUCUCCCUCGCAACCCUGCUGGAAAAAGCCCCAAUCGUCUUUGUGUAUUAUCACAGAGAGGAACGUUGUCAAUUCUGCUCGACACGCGGAGGUUUAGGAUGGAUUACUUUACACGUGGCUGAUUUAAAAGUGACUCUCUGGAUCGGAUACAGCGGCAGUGUUUCAGCACUGAGCCGUGGUUGAAUGCCAUGGAUGGCAGGUCCAUGGUGAUGAACGACUACUGAAGUGGCCUGAGCUGUACUCGGACAUCGAGUCAAAUUUGAGAGCACGAUGGAUGAGGGUUAGGUAUGAAAGUGACAAAGAGUGGUAGCCAUUCUGUAAAUAAUCCCCCCCCCCCCUUUAUGUAUAGUGUGUCAAUAUAUGUGUGAUAUGGGGUGUUGCUUUCCUUGGAUCAAGUGCUGGAUUUAAUCAUCUUAUUUAUUAUUUGUAAAGCCUAUAUGAACGAAUCAGGGCCAACGAGCCGAUCAAACCGGCUCAGUCUUCAAGAGCCACGACUGUAAGAUUUGUUGUUUUAACUGCGACAAAUCGAGUAGUUUGUCAUUUCAUGUUGAGACAAAUUACUUUUUGGUCUGAGAUUGAGACCAAAUCCAAUUAUUUAAUGCACAGGUAAAAGGGGCCGUGGAGGCCACCUGAAAUGGCUCAUUUGCACCGGCGCUGCCCCUGCAGUUCAGAGGAAGCCCCGUUACACAAAGAGCUCUCAAAUGUCCCGUUGUGUUCAGCUCCAGCAUCAAGACAAAGACGAGCCUUCAGGGGGCGAGUUCACAACCUCAGAGGAUUCUCUCAGUUCAGAGACACCGAGUUUAUUAUCAGGUUAUUUAACGGCUACCAUCUGCAGCAUAGACGCAACGCUCAACUAUUUAGGCUCUGUACAUUUUGAAGCACAGCAGCGUAGGCUUUCGGCUUCGUCAGUAGAGAAGUGACAUCAUGUAGUGACAUCAUGGAGUGCAUAAGUGACAUUCAAGAAACAAGGUGCUCAGUUUUUCAGACAGGAAGUGAGAACAUCAAAAGCUGCAUUAAUCAAGAUUAUGAUUGAUAUAAUUUAAACCGAUAAUGAACUAAUGGAAAAAGACAGGGUUCAUGGAGUCGUGUCUUUUAGUUCUCCACCAAUAAAAAGCUUUAAGCCGCUAGCUGCUCGACUUUCUUCACCAGCUAGCGGCUAACGUUGCACGUCUCCCGCUUAGCGCUGAAUAGGUAGCAUAAAGUCUAUUAAAAACAUUUGGCCGAAAAAGAAGAAGAAAAACAAUCUGACGCUGGAAACAUGUUUGAGUCGUGAGUUUGAACCGUACAGUUAAAUGUUCCAGAAAACCGUAACAAGCCAAGAGGCUUAAAAAGCUCCACAUAUUAGCGAUAAUUCUCUGCGAGUUUGUUAGCUUCACAUUCCUGAAGAAUGCAGCUUCUAGUUAUUAUUUGGCUUCAGCCUGCAUACCUCCAUAGGUCACAUAUAACUUAACAAUGUGUGGAGCAAGGUCAAGGUUUGGGGGGUAUUUAUUUUGGACUAACCACCAUUCCACGACUGCAAUGUGAAAAUACAUGCGCUGAAAAAAAAGAAGAAAAAAAAGACUAAUUCUAUUGAAACAGUCAUUUAUAUUGUUAAUUUGCAUCUUUUGCAAUGAUCAUUUAGAUAAUUAAAAAAAUGUGUUCUGGAUAUUUAGAGUUUCUUUAGCCGUUUCAUCCUUUGCAGUGUAAAUAUUCAAUUGCUGUAUCCGUGACAAAUGGGGUCAGUUGAAUGUGUUUUAUAAGGCAAAUAUGAUCCCACAGAGCCUGUGUGCAUCACUGGAACCCUCAGUCAUGCGUCCGCCGUGCGAAAACAACCUCAAGCAUUCUCUUCACAUCGCAUGGCACCGUAGACCGCGUGUACAAAGCUGAAGCAGCCAUCUUUGUCGAUGAAUGGAUAAUCCGACUCAUGUUAAAACACCGUCACUUUAUUUAUUUUACCGUAAAACCAUUUCAGAAAUAAAGUGCAUCACCACUGUUUGAAGGAAACGCAGUUUUCAGUCUGAAUAUUGUCAAUAACAACCGUUACAUUCCUGAAUUGCACUUUUUUUCUAUUUAUUCAUUUUAUUAAAAGUUUAUUUCAACGCUACCUACUUU